UUUUGUUUAGGUUUUUGUUUACCUGUAGUUGCCCGGGCGACCAAAUAUUUGAUGUCAUUAACGCUGUCAGUGCCACAAGCAGAAAAAUUAAACGCCAACAAAAUAGCAGGAAUAUCCAACGCGGGUAUUUUCUUUUUAAUAAUAAUAAGUGUAAAAGGAAAAUGGAAAUAUCCGAAUUAGUGUCGGCACGUAAAUUUCGUGAAUUUAAUACAAAACAAAAGGAGGAAUUAUAUGAAACUUUACUGCAGUUAAUUGUGUCCAUAGAGGAGAUACCCAAGAAGUCGCUGCGACGCACUUUGGAGGUGACUUUGGCUGUCUUGCAGUACAAAGGCGAUCAGGCCAGCGCGUUGCGCUCACGUCUGGAAGAUAAAGAGAGCAGUGAUGAUGACUCACGUACCGAACGGUUGAAAGAUGAGAACGAAAGGCUUAAAGUUAUGUUGGAAAGACUAGAUGAUGAAAAGUCAGAACUGAAAGCCAAAGUUAAGGAGCUCACUGAGGAUAUUUUUCAACUCCAAAAACGUCUACAAGAAGCCGCUCAAACUGCGGCCACAGAGGUUAGCGACAAAGACUCUUCCGAUCCACUAUCCGAGUUAGACAAACAAGAGGAUCUACUACGAAAUAUCAAUUCGAAAAAUAAGCACAUAAAACGUUUACUACGCGAAAUAGAGGCGCUUCAAAAUCAAAAUAUCGCACAGACAAAAACCAUCAUCGAAUGUGAAACCGAGUUGCAACAGAACAAAACGAAGCUGCUACAACUUAGCGCCGAUAUAACGCUCGUCGACAGCGAACGAAAGGCGUUAAAAGAAACCGUUAACGAACUGAAUAUUGAAAUUACCCGCUUGGAGGGCAAUAUUACUUAUCUUGAGGAGGAACGUGAGAAAAGCGAACACGAUUUGAAGGCUUUCAUUGAAAAAUUAGAAAUAAGAGCACAAUCUUGGAAGAAUAUGUUGGAUGCAAAAGAAAAGGAAAUGAAAAAGUUGCGUGCGCGUCUGGAAAAAGUCGGAGAGGCGGCGAGUUACUCAGAGCAUACAACGCAUCUAGGCAAGGAGGAUUUGGGAAAAAAUAACACCGAUGAUGAUGAAGAAACUACCAAACUUUUACAUGCUGUCGAAUCACGCGAUAAACACAUCGAGUCUCUAGAGGCCAAGAUUAAAUAUUUGGCCGAAGAAAUGAUGUCUUCCACCAGACUAAUGAACCAAUUGUCUGCUGAAAAGGAGGAAGCGCGAAAUCCUAAUAAAAGUCGUGCUUGUUGCAAGACAAUUGAGGAAUCCCUUCAGGCGGCAAAUGAACGUUGCCGCGAACUCUCGGAAAUGUUGGAGCGCAGUGAGGAAGAUAAUGCGCUCAAAUCCAAGCAAGCUCUGCAAGCGAUUUCAGCACUGGACGCAUAUCAACGAGGCGAGGAUGGACUAGUAAAGGCGUUACGUAAGUGCACUGCACUGGAACAAAAGGUAAUCUCACGAGACAAGCAAAUACGCGCGCUCAUUAUGGAGCUCAAUUCGAUGCAUGAAAUAGCACAUGAAAAUGGCAUAUUACGUAGACGUUUGAACAUACCCGAUGACAUGAUUAUAUCAGCGAAAAACUUGGUGGCGAAAGAGCGCAACAAAGAAAAAAUGAUCGAAAGGUUGACGUUAAAGCUGCGCGCCUCGGAGGAAAUGCGGCUUCAGCUAAAGUUAGACAAGAGUGAUUUGAGGAAGGAGUUGUUGGAGUUACAGAAGCAACUACAAAAACCCACUCAAGCUACGGUCGAAGACGAUAGGGCGACAUUGGACAGCCUGCACAUUCCUAGCGAAGUCGGCGAAGUUACAGACAGUGUAAAUGCAAACAAUGGCGAGAACAAUGAGCAGGUUAAAUUCUGCACGAACUGCAAGUUGACGCUAGAUAUACCAGAUGAAAGCAAUCAGGUUAUAGCCACCAGUCAGCUGAAAUACCAGGAUGUACUUGAUGAAAAUGACACAUUACGCGCGGGUAUGAUGGAGAUUCUAGAGAAACUUCGGGAAUACGAUGCUUCCUCCGACCACAUCACCAUCGACACGGAAAUGCUCUACCGACUGCUCGAGGCUUUGCGCACUAGCUCGGUGCCAAAUACUCCGAAACGACUACAAAAUGAAUUGCUAGCUUUGAAGGCACGUGAAGAGGCUUUACGUACGCUUAUACAGGAGCAACCACAAACACAAAGUCCGGCUGCCGAAGAAAGUGACGAACUCAGCUCUGUGGAAAGUAUGCGUGAAGGUAGUGAGCUACGCAAUGGCUACGAAGAAGAUUUAACCCUCAAUUUACCCAAUCUUAUGGACUCUUCCACACGGCCAACUACGCCGAACAAGAAUAUCAUACAGAAAAAACUGCCAAUAAUAGAUGGAGAAUCAACGGUUUGUGUUACCGAAACACGUGAUCUCGAAGUACAAAUAUCCGAGUUGAAAAUCUACCGCCGGAGGUUUGAAGAAAUGCAACAGCAAAUGAAAGCAAGUGACAACGAACUGACACAGCGUUUGGCUGAACUGAAUAAACAACUUAUCAGCGCGCAGCUAGAUCUCAAUAAUGAAAAAUCAUCUUACGCUUUCAUGCGAGAGGAAUAUGAUAACACGCUCAGCGAAGCCAAACAAAGUGAAUUGCGUAAUAUCGAACAGGUGGUAACUUUGCAAAAGGAGCUGAACGCGCUAAAAGACAAAUUGACUACUCUCGAAGUAGAACGCGCACAACUGUUGAAUGCCGGAAACUACAGCAAGGAAGACUAUUUACAAGUGCAAGCGGACAAUACGAAGCUAAGAGCACAACUAGCAUUUCUCGUUGAACAGCUUUUUGCCGGAAAAUUGGGUGACGAACUUCGAAUACCAGAUAUAUGUUCCGAUUAUGGUAUUAUUGAUGAAAACCUACAGUUGGACUAUUUAACCAUUGAGGAAUAUCGAGGUUUACAAUUGUCGCUGAAAGAAGCACAGCAGCAACGCGAGGAAUCGCUGCGAAAGUCAGCACAGCUAGAGAGUUUACUAGAGAUUGCACAGUGUCAAAUUCAGUCACAGCAAAAGUUAUUGAAUGAGAUUACAGACAACCAUGUUAACUUACGACAUCUUGUGGCCGACCUACAGAGCAACACAGAAGAAAAGCUACUUAUGGCGAAAAUGCAACGAGAACUCGACGGAGCCAAACAGGAAUUAUCGAAUUUGCACUUCGACUUUGACCAACUUAAACAGAAGUGCGCUCUAUUAGAGCGUGAUAACAUCGCAAAGGAGCAAAAGUCUGUCGAACAAUCCAAACGCUUUCAAAUGGAAAGCCAUAACAAGGAAGUUAAAAUUAGAUUUCUUCAAAAGUCGCUUUAUGCUCUGCGGGAGAAAUAUGCCAAAUUUACACCACUUAUCUUCCUAACCAACUACAUAUUCGCAUAUACCAAAUUUGUAAAGAUGACUCUUCGAAAUACUGAAAAUAGUAAAGACAGUGAGCUAAUCGAGUAUGUUAAAAAUGCAGUUGUCAGUAAGUUAAAAACCGAGAGUGGAGUCGCAGAUGAGUCACAGAAUUUAAUUAAGAUCAUUAAGGCCGAAACACAGUGCAAGGUCCUUGAAGGAAGCCUAAACGAACUGCAAAAGAGGUACGAAUCCCUGCAAGAGGAGCUGCUGGAGCAACGCUUAAGGUCAGCAAGAGAAACGGAGCACUGGCAGACAAUUACAGCGCUUUUCGGCAUAGAUGGAAAGGACACAAGUGCAAUAGUCCCUACUCUUGAUGAAAUAAAGGAAGUUGACGAAAAAAUUUCGACGCAGAAAAAUGUAGCCACCAAUACUGAAACCCCAGUGCCAGCUGAACGUAAAAUAUCGACUAGCACAACUCCAAAUGCCGUCAGGAGGAAAUCAACCACGGUAAUGUUAGAUAAAAAUCUCUCACCAAUCGGCUCACCUAUAAGACGCAUACAAAGGGUAGAUGCCACAACGCAAACCUCUGUGGUAAACCCGCCAGCAAGUGCGGUUGAAACUAGUGCGAAAGAUCAUGAAACGUCGCAAAAAAUUAUAUCCAGAGACAGAGAAGAUACUAAUGUAACAGCUGAUACGAGUGUGCCAGUACCUCAAGAGAUCGCUACAGAGGAGAAAAAUAAGGCAAUCAAACCAGUUAACAAUGUGGCGAGUAAAGAAACUAGCGACGCCAUAGUACAAACGCCUGUUGAGAAGAUGGCAUGUCAAAGUGUGCAAACUGAAACUUCAAUGGCCGUUGAACCAAUAAAAACUCAGGAUGAAAGCUCAAGCAAGGAGCUUCAAAAACGAAUUAUGGAAAUGCAAGAACAAAUGAACAGGCGAAAUGUUGAUCUUAACGAGUGCAAAAAUGCACUCUCGAUAGCUAAUAAACACAUUGAAGAACUUCAGGGUAAGCUGGACUCUUGUAAUACUUCAAAUCAGCACGAAACCGAACACAAAGCAACUGUGGAAACAGCCGCCGACUCUAAGAGUGAUAUUAUUGAAAAAACCAUAUUCUCAUUCCAUACGUUGCUUGGUGAAAAAGACAAAGCCAUUAGCAAAUAUCAAGAGCUCUUACAAACUGAACGGGAACAAGUUCAAAUUGCCACCGCGAAACACAACAAUGACAUUGACGAACUCAAGAACACGAUCGCGAAUUUGAACUUCAACAUCAAGACGAAAGACACCGAGAUACUCGAAUUGAAGACAAAGCUGGAAGUAGCGAGCGUACGAAGAAAUUCUGCUGAGAAAUUGGAUGUGGCUACAGGCGCAGCCGGUGGUGGUGGCGACGAUAGCGGUGAUAACAGUUUAAACGAGUUGACCGAUGAGAAAAUUGAAGAGAUGUUCCAACAAGAGCCUGUAGCGGUAGUGGCGGAUGCACAAAAUGAACGAGAACCUAAAGUCACAACAGAAGGGAAUACCGAGCUGUUGGAGAAGCAGGACACAGAGUCACUAAAAGAGACAACAACAUUGCUCAAACAAAUAAAAGAACUGAAAGAGAAAGCCAGCUAUUGGGAGAAAGCGCUUUUAGUUAAGGAUGAUGAGCUAACACUACUGAAAGAGAAAGUGAGCCUUUAUGAAGAGCGCGAAAAAUCAUUAGAGUGUUCUGUGAAUCCAGAACUGGAGCAAAUGCGAACGCUACUGGAGGAAAAGGACAAGCACAUCAAUGAUCUGACGGAGACACUUAAUAAUUUUCAUGAUGACCAAAAACGCUUUAUUAAGGAUUCCUCCAGCUAUUCGGCUGACCAGAUAGCAAAACUGCAUGCCGAUCUGACGCGCACCGAAGCAACAAACAAAAUUUACCAUACGCAAGUCGAAGCACUGCGACGACAAAUCACCAACCUGACACAGAGGGAGAAGCAAGCACGAGAACAGAAUCAGUCGCUACGGAACCAGCUCAUAAAACGUCCGGUGGUCUCAAUUAAAACCGAACUAAAUGCACGUGUUAAAACAGAGAACCUGCAGAAAAGGAUACAAACACUCGAAUUGGAUCUGGAAGAUGCUCGCGCACAAAUACAACGCCAACAAAUCGUACUCGAAGCAAAACGUGCGAAAAGUGCCUCCGAAGUAGGUUUGUGGGAGAAACAGAAACGUUGGCAGCAGAAUGCUGAGAAAUUCAAAGCUAAGUACGAGGAGACAGAAACCGCUUUGGAGAAAACACGUGCGCUAUUGCAGUCGGCACGCAAUAUGAUCGCCCGCUUGGAGAAGGAGAAGCAAACACACGACAUGCGACACGGCAGAGCAAAUCAAAGUGCAGGAAUACAAGCUAUGAAAUGCUGUCGCACACCCUCUUGUCCGAACCUGCAACAUGGUGGCUGCAAGUACACGCCGUCAGAGAGUCCCGAAACAUAUACUGGCGCAAGCAGCGAAUGCAGUUCGCCGGUGCAUAGCGCGCUCAACCGCCAUAAGCAUAUUGACGCACAUUUCUACGCUUCCGCUAGCCGUGAUGUUAACGCGUACACUUCGACGGAAAAAAAUCAACCGCAUGCAGAGCUGAUGGAGGCACUUAAAGCUCGGAUCGAACUGCAACAACGCAAAAUUCUGGCUAUGGAGCUGGAAGGCAAAGGCAGCAACGCGCUGACAACCGAAAUGGAGAAGUUACAGGAAAAAUUGUCAGAGAUUGAGGCGCAGAAUAUACGUUUGGAGGCGAAAAAUCUGCAGUUGCAACUGGACAACGAUCUCUUACGACAAGGCGAUGGCACAGAGCGUUUGCAAAAACGCAUCAAAUACCUGGAAGAUUAUAUAAUUGCUUUAAAAGAGGAAAUGGCGCAAUCGGAGGCACGACGAGAAUUAUGCAAGUGUACGGGUAUCAAAGUGAAUACUCAGUUGGGUCAAUCAGCGGAGCAAACCAUCCUUUCAUUACGCGGUAUUGUGGAGAAGCUACGCGCUGAAAAUAAAUUCUUGAAAGAUGGACGAAGAUCGUGCGAUUCAAGAAAUACAAACGAAGCUGCCAAUGCCGACUUGAGUCGAUUACAAAAAUUGUACUCCGAAUCGCUGGAUAAAGUAGCAGGUUUGCAAGACGAAUUGAAUAGGAAGGCGAAAUGCAAAAUUUGUAGCAAGGCACAGAAUAUGGCGCAGACUAAUGACGAACUGGCUUUCAUAAAGGAGCAACUUAGCAAAAAAACACAACUUUUACAAAAAGCGAAAUUUAUACUCACACGUGCGGCAGCCAAGGAAAAGGUGCUCAAGGAGCAAUUGCUAAUGUGGAAGCGUAAAUGUUCUGAGCUUCAAAAUGUACCAGUUAUAGAUGAGAUAAGUGAAUAAUUAUACAGUUCCACUUUACAAUAAAUUAUAGUUUUAAGUUAUUGAAUUAGUUCCAUUGCUUUAUAAAUUAUUGGAAUUGUAGUUUCGAAAAGAUGAUAAUAUAAAAUCAUGUAUUUCCAUAUAAGAAGCAAAUUAC